AUGCAGCGUCCAGCAGCCUACGAUGAGGGCGACGAUGUAGUGGUUACGAAAGAUGUGGUGACUCCGAUGGGGAAGGUUUCUGCUGGAGCACAGGGGUCUAUUCUCGAGCCUGGCGACUGGUCAGAGAAAGACAAAUGCUACAAAUAUCGUCUCAAGAUCAAGAGUUCGAGGGCCGCAAUUGGAGGUCAUUUUCCAGGAGUCCCGGAGGAUGCCAUUGAGCUUCUGUUUGAAGAGUGA